GUGGCGCUCUGUGCUUACCCUUGUUGGCCCUGAGGACUCCCCCCCACCAACCAAUCAAGAUCUGCCACUUAUCGGGUGGUGUAUGUACCCGGGCCAACUGAUCCGGGCAGCAGGCCAGCAGGGAGGAGGAAUUCCCAGCCAGCCCCCGUGGCCCCCGUUAACCCGGCCGCUGGCCUCUGGCUGGGAAAGGGGAAAAGUAAAACUGCUGGGUGAACAGAGUUGUCACCGUGGGGGGCCGCAGCGAGGCAGCAACCAACCGAGGAGCGACGAGGGCGGAGGAGAUGCGGGGCGCAAGAGCACAAAGAGUCAGGCGAUCAGGCUGCAGGCGACCAACCACUCGAACUCGAGGACGAGUCGAUCCACUGCUGCUGCUGCUGCUGCUGCUGCUGCUGGGCAAGAUAAGGAGCCCUCCCUCAUCCCAUCCCAUCCCAUCCCAUCUCCUCCAUCCAUCCCUCCUCCUCCUCGUCGUCCUCCCUCCUCCUCCUCCUCCUUCUCCUCCCUCCACCACACCUCCAUCUCUCCUCUUCAUCAUCUCUCUCUCUUCUCUUCUCUUUAACUCAUAAAACCCCCAUAGCCACUCGGCUCUUCUCUCGCUUUACCAAAGCACUUUCCUUCUUUCCCCUUCCUUUCCCUCAUACUCGUGAGUCUCUCUCCAUCUCCUCUCCGAGCUCCCCAGCUCCGAGCUCCACCUCUUCGUCCCCCCCCCACCCCCCCACACGUCCGACCGACGCGUCAACAAUAAUGGCGUCGAGAGUCUGGGCAUUGGUGACCUGACCUGCCAUUGCACAGCAGCUAUGACACUUUUUGGGCCGCUCCACUACCCUUCCCCCCCCCCCCCCCCCCCCC